CUUAUAUAUUUUUGCUAUCCAAAGGUGGGCCUUGGAAAUUGCAGAAACAAAUGCACCCUAAAAAUGUCAACUUUCAUGGAAAACUUUCCUUAAAUUCAGUCUAAAUUUGAAUAAAAAUAAGCGAAAUUAUUAAGUGUUGAAGAAAUAAUAACAACAAAUAUGUCGAAGAGAGGUGAGGGCUCGACGAAAUAUACAAUCGAACUUCAUAUUGUUGAUUUGAACGUUAUUUUCUUGAUUUGCUCAGGAAACGAAAAUAUUUCCGGAAAUCCUGGUAAAUUUGAAAAAAGUCCAGCGAGAAUGUCACAACGGGGUAGUUAUGCAAAAAUGAGAAGUCACGAGAGACUGACGGGUGGAGCCGAUUCGAAAAGCAAAUCUAGCGCGAGCGUUGAUAAACCUGCCACGGAUGCUACUGAUCCAAAAGUAACUCCUGUCACUUCGAAAUCCUCGAGAGUAGAACCGGAAGCUGAAGAAGAAAUUCAGUCUAUUCUCGAGGAAGGGAGCUCUCAGCCUGAAGAUAAGAUUGCAGGGUAACGAAUUUAUCGUUAUGACGAAAAACGCCUCGUGAAUGAGGUUUCCUCGUGAUUAUUUCAUUACACCGAUUCACAGGGACAAGAGAGUGAACGAAAUGAUCGACUACGUGAUCCACAAUCUUCAGGAGGCUGAAAAAGCAUUGGCAUCCUUGGGGGAGAACUUUGAUCACGAUUUAAAGGUUGAGCCAACAGCCACGAGCGAUUAAAAAACAAAAUGACACGAUUGUUCUCUUGAAACUGCACGACGAGCCAAGCCACGAUUGAACAGUAAACUGGAUAUAGAAAGAAGCUCAAUGCUAAUCAUUAUUUUUUAUUCGAACGGCGAUAGAUGAGUGACUUGACCACUUUUUCGUUUGCAUUAAUCGCAUUUCGUCUUUGCCUCUGUCAAAUAUCUGGACUUUAUUUAAUCUUCAUCCAUUGCUCGAUUAAGUGGGUCGCUCAUCUAAAACAAAAUAAUCCGGAAUCGCCGUUAUCAAUGACGUUUACAUUUUUCAUAAAAAAAAAAACACGUGAAUACGUUUGAUUUCUUCCACCGGUCUGAGAAGUUGAUGAUCGUCGACAUUAUGGGAAAGGUCCAAAAUUGGACGAACCUCGUACAGGUGCGCCUCGACGCGGCUAAAACUGAUCUCGACAAUUUGCGUCGUGAACUUCUUUCACGAUCGAAUGAAAUCGUGUCGAAGGACGCUGAAAUCGCCGGUUUGAAAGCAAAGCUGAACGAGACCGAAUUGUCUAAAAUUGCUGUCGAGAAGGUUUUGGCGGAGAACAUUCAGAAAAGCAGUGAAAUGAUUCAGAGUUCCUCCUCCAAGACACAAUCAUCUCACAAACGAGUGUCCGGUGUUCCUUCCUUGGCCGGUUCACCCGAAGGGGAUGAAAAUGCUGCCGGGACUUCGGAGGCUCAAAGGGGAGUUAAAUCUGGAGCGAAACCUGGUGCCCAAAUGGAUCGAUCUGAUGCUCAAUUCGGAGAUCAAGCUGGAGGGAUUAAAACUCAAUCCGGAGUUCGGGUGGGCUCCAAAUCUGGUGCUCAAAUAGGAGAGCAAUCCGGGCAAAUCAGGACUCAGGACGGACACAGUGGAACCCAAUUAGGUGCUUCUGCUUACGAUCAAAGACCCCUCGAUUCAGCAGCCGCCACGUCUGGAGCAAUUGGUCAACGAUUGCCCGAUAUCCAAGAAAAAUAUCCUCAGGACAAAUCUACUUCCGGUCCAGGUCAACAAUCUUCCGGGAUAUCAGGCAUGCGACAAAUCGAUUAUCCAAGCACAACGGACGUCGGUGUACAAUCUGGAAAGACCAAAGAUAUCAAACGUUCGUCGGAUCUCGAAUCUGAGGUCGUUCGUUUGAGGAAAGAAAACGAGAGGAUUAUAAGAGAGAGAACUGAUUAUGAGAAUGCUAUCCAGCGUGCUUUACUCCGAGGAGUUUCUUCCCUCAAUGCCGAGACUCUCAAAGUUUUGAAGUGUCCACCAGUGUCCUGCUAUUCGCCUUGUCGUCCACCUCCAUCGCCUGUAAAUGCUAACGAAACAAUGAUGCCUUGUUUCCCGAAAAGCACACGUGACAAUUGGACGCCGCGAGGUGUCAGAACAUCGACAAACGGGACGCAAUCGACCCAAGGAACUGUUCGAACCCGGUCGAACGUGACCUCCGUACCGGAACAAGAGAUCAUUUGUUGCGGUGGCCGAACAGCAUCGAACGGAACUCACAGGCUUGGUUCUAAGCAAAAAAAAUCCUCGAUCACGAGCGACAAUAGCAUGGUGUUUCUUCUGCAUCAGGCUGAAGCUUCGGGGAUUUGCGUUUCCGGAAGUACAUCGAGAAAUCGAGCAGGCACUCGCACAAAGUUGAAAAGGCCCGAAAACUCGAUCUGCGUGAAAAAACUAGGAUGAGGUGAUCUCAAAUGAGCGACGUGCGAGCUUUCAAAAUAUAAAUUUAAUUUAUAUAUAUAUAUAUAUAUAGAUGUAUAAUAUACAUAAUAAUAUCGUCACAAAGUAUAUCAUAAAUAUUUCGAACCUUUUUCUCGUCAUUAGCUUGUUUUUUAAAAUCAUUAGAUAUUUUUUCUCACUGAUUUCUCAUGAAACAAAAUCUCGAAGAUAUUAAAACGGAACAUUCCAAUAAAUUCAUUCGAAAAAUCGGUCAACAUUAUUUCGUUUCUGUCAAUUCCGACGAAAGAGAAAGAAGCGAAAAAAAAGGUCAUUCAAUGAGGCAACAUCAUUUUGUUCCCAGAAAUUCGACGUCGCUGUACACGAGUGUAUUGGAUCAGGCGAAUUUGCGUUCAAGAAGCUGAGAGCGAUCGCAGCUGCAAAAGUAAUUCGUGCUCUCCAGCGUCCUCGAAAUAAAUUUGUUUUCAGCCCUCCGGGCGGAAAGUGGCAACUUUCGGCCCGCUGCGCGGGCCGAAGUUGCCGCAUUCCGCCUGCGUCGGACAGAAAAAUCGUAUACACUC